AUGGAAUACCCUUCUUGGCCAUUCCACAAUAUGGUAAACUCAUCUUUUGAUCAAUCUGAUCUCAUGAACAUUGUUGAUUCUCAAAUAGGCAGCUCAGAUUUUUCUUCCUUGGUCCUCAACUCAGAUGUAUUUUCUGACUUAUCCGAAACUUGUUCAUACCCUCUUGCCACCGUGUUUUGUGGUGAUGAUCUGAUCCAGGUCUCAUCACAGCUGGAGGAAUUUCCAAUGAAUUUGGAAGAAAUUGACCAUGAUUUGAUGAUAGAAUGUUUGUAUGGUAAUUUCUUGGAAAACAAUGGAGGGACUUUACUUUCACAAGAAGUUUCCACACGAUUUUCUAUUGAAGGAGAUUGUUUGUCAGAUUCAUUGGUGACUUGUGAAGUAUCAUCAAUGGACUCAACAUCAAUCCUAACAUCACAGACUGCGCCACCAGAAUUGGUGGACAUAGAUAACGAAUCAGGCCUUCGUCAUCUUCUCAAGGCUUAUGCAGAAUCCAUGGAGAAUGGACAGAAGGAGCUAGAGGAGGUAAUUUUCAGAUGCAUCAAGGACAAAGCCAGCCCAAUUGGACAGACUUUGGAUCGUCUUGCAUUUAACUUGUGCCGAGAAGCUGUUGAUGAUCAACAAGGCGAUGUUGAUUAUCUGAAACAACAAUCCUACAAGAAUUUUGAGCCUGCAUUUGAGUUGUUUUACCAAAACUUUCCCUAUGGGAAGUUUGCUCACUAUGCGGCAAACUCAGCAAUCCUAGAGGCUAUUCCUGAGGAUACAGAGAUGGUUCACAUAGUAGAUUUCGAUAUGGGAGAAGGGCUGCAGUUGUCACAGAUGAUUGAAGCUUUAGAACAAAGACUCAAAACACUUAAGGUGACAGCAAUUAAAUGGGAAGAUGAAGAGAGUGGUUGUGCUCUACAGGGCACAUUUGGCGAGAGGAAGAAGCAACUUCAGAAACAUGCAAGAUCUUUUGGUCUAAACUUGAAGGUGGAGGAAGUGGCUCUAGAAGAUCUGGUGGCAGAGAUAAAGAAGACAAAAAAGAGGGCAGUAAGAGAAUUCUUAGCCUUUAAUUGUAUGGUUUCGCUUCCACACAUGCGGAGGAGGAGAAGUAGAAGUCUCGUCAUAGAGUUUCUAAGACUGGCUAAGGAUUUGUUAGCCACAUCUGGGAACUACAAGACUGGAAAAACAGGAAUUGUGACCUUUGGUGAUGGGGAGGCAUGUGAGAGACUCGGGAAUCAGUUGGAUUUCAGCUCGUUCUUUGAUGGGAAUCUGGUGCAUUACCAAGCCUUAUCAGAGUCAAUAGAGUCAAAUUUCCCGAGUCAUCUUGCAGAAGCAAGAAUGGUGCUGGAAAACAUCUUCCUAGCACCAUACGUCUCUCCUCAGACUUGGUUCCAAAACUGGUCCGAAAUGAAGGAAAACAGCCAUGUUCAACCAUGGCUUGGGCUGGAGGGUCGUAAAUUGAGCACAGAGAACUUGUUGGAAGCCAAGGAAAUAGUUGGAGACGAAAGCUCCUAUGGAAUUAAGAUUGGAGGAAAGAAUGGAAAUGAAAUGACCUUAGAAUGGAGAGAGAAUCCUUUGGUCCGAGUUUCUACCUGGGAAAAACAAUAG